AUGGCUGCAGGACAAAAACUAUUAGAAUUUCCCAGAAAUGAUAUAAGCAUGAAAAGUAUAGUAUCUGCUGGUCGAUUCUAUGAAUUGGCAAAAUGUGUUGCUUGGAGUGGAACAGGUGGUCAGUCAGAUGUUGUGAUUAAGAAGAAUAUUGAUCCUUCGAACAAUCAAAUUGAGGAAGAGGUCUCCAAAGAAAUUGGAAUAAUGCAGUAUAUAUCAAAUCAUAAUAAUAUUGUAAAAUUAAUUGGAUGCUGCACAGACAAAGUUCCUAAAUAUAUAAUAAUGGAGUUACAGUCGUCAGAUCUGAAAUGCUAUCUUCAUUCUAAACGUAACGAGUCUGGAUUAAAGGAUAUUAAUCAAAGCAUUCUGUUAUCGUUUAUGAUUGACAUUGCAAAUGGAAUGGAACAUCUCUCUAAGUUAAAGAUUAUUCACAGAUAUUUGACCACUGAGCAUAUCUUAUUGAAUAGCCAUAGACAAUGUAAAAUAUCCAAUUUUAGCUAUGCUAGUGACGUCAUCGAUGACCUACGUUUCUUUGAAAAAACUCAGAACAACUAUCCAUAUCAAUGGAUGUCUGCAGAAACAUUGUUGAACAGAAGAUUUACACUGAAGAGUGAUAUUUGGUCUUUUGGUGUCGUCAUGUGGGAAAUUGUGAAUCUUGGUGCGGUUCCAUACCAAAGAGCGUCUGAGCAAGAAGUGACAAGCAUGGUACGAGAAGGAAAUCGAAUGCCCAAACCAGCAAAUUGCGGAAAUCAUAUGUUCAAAUCAACGUCCAACUACUUGAGUCGCCGUAUGCAAAUGUUUGAAUACGAAAUAGAGUUAUGGCUACGAAAGCAUCAUGUUUGA